AUGGCUACACUUCUACAAUCGAUCGUUGGUUAUCCCACCGAACAGGAGGUUAUCUUGUUAUCCUGUUCGACGGACUCGGACGUGUAUAUCUCCUAUAGAGAUCGUCGUUUCAUCAACGACCUUCUUCCCCCUGAACUUCUCUGCGAAAUAUUCAUCCUGGCUCACGCUUCCCAUCCAUUAACGUCCAUCUUCCGAAACCCACUUCACCAUCUCGCACAACCUCUCAUUCUUCGCAAUGUCUGUAAACGUUGGAAGUUUCUAGCAGAAUCUACCAGACUACUAUGGACCCAAUUCGAGAUUUCACUUAUGACUGGACCUUCUUUGACCUGCUCCUCCAAUCUGGUUCCAUACCGGUGCUUGGAGAAAGCCCGUGAGAUGAUGAAACGGUGGCUGAAGUUCGCUUGCUCCAACCUCGAUCUCGACCCAGACGUGACAUACAGAUACCCCGGCCUUCGCUUUACAUUUGAAACUGGAGGAUUAGGAUUAAGUCACGGAACCCCCAUAGAGCGGGUGAUACUCAAAGUCUUGACUGACUUUUCUCCCCAUUGGCAACACGUCACUAUCAGGAUUCCGAUAAUCCACAUGGCGCGGUAUCUAGAUCUGUCCCCCGUUCGAGGGCGGAUUAACCGCCUAGAGUCGCUAACUCUUGACGGCAACGAUACCUACUCUACAUCUGACGCCAUCCCAAACAAGUUGCUGGAUCUCUUUGAGAUCGCACCCAGAUUGGCAAGACUUUCCUUGGAUGGGUUCUAUGAUGUUGCUCUGCGAAUGCCGUUUGAGCAGCUUAAACGCGUUUCAAUCAAGGACAUGAACACCCUUGAUAGUUAUCACCUCCUCCGGGGCUCCGCCAAUUCAGUCGAAACUGCUUCAGUUUCUCCCCUUUGGACCCACAUGGGACGCUCAUCCACCCUUCCACUCGUCGUAUUACCUCGACUCACAGCCUUGCAAUACAUAAACAACGGUGACACCAUGCAAGCUAUUAAUUGGGCUAAAGAGAUCUUCCGACACCUCGAGACGCCGAACCUACACACCCUCAUCCUCCACGACUGCUUCCACCGUUCCUCGUAUCGCGAAGCCUUCAAGAUGGUUUUACGCUCUCAAUCGAAGUGUAGUAUUAAACAUAUAGAGUUGAGAGGUAUCGGAGGAAACGAGCCAUCCGAUAUCUUUAGUUUACUGGACUUCACAACCAGCUCGGUGGAAUAUCUACUCGUGGAAGGGAUCUUGGGCGUUGUGGCUUCACGUCCUUCACGCAUGUAUCAACAAUAUGUGCAGGAGUUAGUCACUACGACAGAAGUUAUUACGCAUUUGGCUGCGAAGAUCCAGAGUCAUCGCGACGGGUUUGUUAAGCUCAACGGCCUCGUUUUAAAACUGACGAUACAUGGUGGGGAGGUGUUUAUCGGAAUCUCAUGCUUGAGGGCCUUGUACGAAGCUGUCUUGACAAGGAAUAAGACGAAGAAGGAUGGGAACCCAGUGAAGUUACGUUUGCGGAUUCGGAUUUCUGGUUCGUCGGAUAAAUUUUUGCAAGAUAUGAGACGUGAGUUGGAAGAUGUGGCAGGUGGUCUUAAUCUGAGGGGUGAUGAAGUCCUACUAGAGCAUGCUUAG